UUAAAUUUGUUGUCCACGUUGUUUACUUUUGCUGCAAUGUCUGAAAUUGAACGUGAUAUAAAUGAUUUAUUUGACGAUAUAACUUUAGCUGAAGAUCGCUUGGUGGAAGCGAGUUAUAACGAAGGUUUCGCAGCCGGUUGCCAACAGGGAAACAAAGAAGGCUAUAGACUGGGCUACGCACAAGGCCUACAAUUGGGUGAGGAACUUGGAGAAAUUUUUGGCAGGGUUGUAGCUCUACAACAACAACCAAAGCACACAGAUCGAGUGAAACGUUGUCUGGAACACUUAAGAACGGCCAUAGUGGCCUUCCCCAAAGAAAACGACCCAGAGGCGGAUAUUAUUGGAGCCGUGGAGACAAUAAGGACACUAAACAAGAAAUUGUUGGUUUUAACAGGAAACAAAGCAUCGGGUGGAAGAGAAAGUAUAGCCAAGGAAACUAAAGAUUAUUCCUUUUAG